AGGAUCGUCAAAUCAAAGAUUUCCUCAAUCCAAACAAACAAGUAUGUUUGAUAUCACGUCGCUUGAAUCGAAUCGAGUGUGAAUUUUAUAUAUUUAUCAGACGUAUCUAACCAGGAGCUGUUGCGAUCUACAAAACUCUUUAUAACCCUUCAAUAAAAUUUAAAACUGCAUUUUUUAUAUUUUUUGCUAGCCUGAUGAGAUAAGACGAACUCUUACAGAUAAAAACGCAGACUCUAGUGCAGUAAGUCAUAGCUGAUAUAUAUUGUUGAAGUUUGAAGUAUCAGAGCUUCAUGCCAAAUGUCACGGUUUUACCCGUGAAUCUUCAGGUUUUCGGCCCGAACUCCAGGUCUCAUGGUGGUAUUUCCGCAGGAAAAUGAUUUUUCUUGAUCAAAUUCUGCAUCUUUGACAUACCUGUCACUUUUUUAGACUUUUGUAAUUUUGUAUUCUUUUGUAUUUUAAACUUAAUCCUAAACCUAACCCUAACCCUUACUCUAAUCCUACCCCUCAGGGCCGUAUGCAGGAUUUUUUCACCACGGGGCAGUAAGGCCCAUAUGCCGAAAAAGUCCCAAAUAUCCAAAGAAUAAUUAAUAAUGACAUUCUAAAAAUUGUGAAUAUAGUUUUCUCUAAGGGGGGGGGGGGGCAGCUGCCCCUCUCCCCCGCUGUGUACGGCCCUGCUGCCCCUAAUCGUAAUCCUAACCCUUUCCCUAAUGCAAACCCUAAAAGUCUAUGAUCUUUGAAUGCAAGGAAUAUGAUCUUUCUUUAUAUUCUUUUUCUUCCAAAAAUUAUUUGAGGAACGGAGGUAGGGAUAUAAGAAAUAAAGAUGUUCCAAGAGCGCGUGCCUUUCAAUCUUUACAUCUUCUCCAGUGGCGAAGCUAGCCAUGCUAACUGGUCAUGCCUAGGCCUUAAAAUAUUGGUCGGUCACGGACAUUGUCCGACCCAUUCGUGAAAUUGUCCAAACUGAACUGAAGGUCAUCGGAAUCAUAAUAUAUACAUUUGUCCGACCCAAACUCACUGUCAUGAGACGGCCCUGUUGUGAAAGAUAUUUUAAGGCCAGCAUCCUGUGCUAUAAUAAACCUGCAUCUCAAUAAGUUAGAGAAAAUACAUUUCUAAAGGUUUGCAUGAAUAAUGCAAUCAUUAGAAAUCAUAGCACGACCUGUUGCUAUGGCUAUCUCGCCACUGCUCUUGUUACUUUCUAGCGUAGGAAAUAGCAGUCUAAAGACAAUAUAUAAAAAACACAAAUUUUCGUGCGAAAGGAUUAGUGUCAGGGUCAUGCAUUGCGGGCUUUUGUUAUUGUUUACAUUUUACUCAAAUACAACAAAUAGCGAUAAAAAUACCUUAUUUGGUACAUUUCUGAUAAAAAUCAGACAAAAAGAGCAAGGAUUAUAAAUGGAUGGUUUAAAAAUAUAUGACGGAUUGUAAACACUUUCCAGAUCAUCUAAUCUAUUCGUCCCGAAAAAUGGCCGCCAGCAGGAGUUUGAGCCCGCGAAUUCCUCGUGUGACACUAAUCCUCUUGCGUAUCGUACUAGCGCAUGCCAGCGUAUGAAAAAUACCACUCAUACGCUGGAAAACGCCGACAAACGCUAGGGGUACGUUAGGCAUAGGUUGUAUACUUUUCAAGCACGGUCGCAUACGAUGACAUACGCUGGAAUACGGCGAGGCAGAAACUACUCUAGGCAUACGCUAGAGGUACGCCAGAUGUACGGUACUCAAACGCUGGCGUUUCAAAGGAUUUUUAUGCGCAUGGAAAUUAUUUCAUUAGUUUUCAUACGCUUCUCAUACUUUCUCUCAUACUCAAUAGUGUGACAGGGCCUUUACCAAUGAAUUGCACGGUAAGCAUGCUCUCCACCCACCCCACCCCCCAUUCUGUGUAACUAGGCUCACCUCUAAUGACCUCCAGGGUUUUAAUCCUCUGAACUUGGCAGCUCUGAAAUAUUAGCCAGGAUACUUUACAUCGAAAUGCAUUUUUUACCGGUGGUGCAUAUAUAUAAAGUUUAUAACAAAGAUAUAAAUAUACGAAUGGCACUAAAAUUGAUUUGGAAAUAGUUUUAUUAACAUUAUUUGUGUCGUGUCCUUGUUUCAGGUCGUCUCAAGUCUAAAACAAAAACUUCAUCUGAUGGAACGUAAUGUGAAAGACAAAGAGAAUGAAUUACGGUUAGUAGGAUAAUGAGAUAUCAAUGAAUAGGCCCUAUAUGAAUUGGACACUUCAGUUGUUGCGGUAAUUUCUAAUUAAGUGUUUAAAUGGAUGAACAGGUUCAACAGAAAAACUCAUAAUUAUUGGUAAUGUCGUCAGGUAAGUUAUUUCAUGACACGGCUCCUCUGUGGGAAAAGCCAUUCUUCGCAAAAUUUGUAUUUGGUUUAGGAAGGACUAAUUUACGAUUGUUGCUUCUUAAUGCGUAUAUUCCAUUAUGGUACAUGUCAAGCAUUCGUUUUAGAUAAGUAGGGGUCAUUCCUUUCAAAGACUUAAAUGUCAUCAGUUCUUGGCGCUUCCUAAAUAAAUUUGUUAUUGGCUCCCAUCCUAACCUUUUGAAUAUAGCAGCUGAUCUUGUUUCGUAACCUAGACCAAUAAUAACUUGAGCAGCUCUUUUUGACUCACGGGCAACAUCUGUGAGUCUUUGUGGUUACUUGAGCGUACUUGAGUGUGGGGCAGUUAAACAAUGGGAAAUGACCGGCCUGCUUUACGCGCACUGUUUGCCUGCGAAUCGAGCCCGUUUCAGAACCGGAAAUCGGGCUGGAGCACUCGUUCGUUCUUUUGAUUUGGCACAAGAAGCACGACAAAUGACAAAAUUCGCACGGUGCCCGUUUGCAAAAACAACUACGAACUCCUUUGAUUUGUUAUGUUUGGAACUUAUUAAUCUGCGCGUUGUUGCCAUAAAGGCAUAUUGUUGAACAGUACUGUAAGUAAAGUGUGGUAAAAUCGUGUACUCUCAUGAACUUUUGUCAACUGUGUGCUGGUUCAAAUUUUGAUGAGAGGUUUCGUUACGCGCGCGGCAUAAUCUCUCACCAAUUCUCAUGCAACUCCUGUUCUCGUUUGACCGGGGCACGAGACUUGAGAAAAUUCUCACGCCAAUAUCGUUCCCCAAGCCUGCGAUCCUCGGGAAGGAACGUGAGGUUCUGGGAUAAUCCGUUGCCAGGAGCCAGGAAUCCUGGCUAAAGACCGAAUUGCGCACUCCGUAUCAACGGCCAAUCAGAUUCCUCCCUGAAAUGGAUUAUCCCAGAGCCUCACGUUCCUUCCCGAUGAUCGCAGGCUCGGGGAACGAGAUUGCUCUCAUGCAAACUCUCGCUUGCCUACUCUCAUCAUUUUUCAUCCUCGUUUUCAUCUUGAUGGCUUUAAUUUUUGUUCCAGGAAACUAAAAAGUGAUCUAAAAUCAACGAGCCUUGAUGAACUCCGUAUUCAAAUGGAAACGUACUAUGAAGAAACUCAACGAUUACAAACAGUUUUAUCAAGCGUGUACUCCCAAGUUCCUGGGACGAGAAAUAUUCCCGAUACAAGGUCAGACUGCUGCAGUUUAAUUACCGCAGUUAUGUUAAAGAUGAAUUUGAUUUUUUUAAAAAAACAGGUUUUCAUUAGGAGCAGAGACGGAUGCGGUGUGAGGGAUACAGGAUUUGCGGCAUUUACACUCGAUAUCGAUAUUCGCAUCUGCUCCUGGAACUAGCUUUUGUCUUUUGCCUAAAUGUCUUGUCUAUAUUUUUUGCGAUCUUUCUAAUGGUAUAGUCAAUAUUUAUAGCCUUUUGACAAAGGGCUUUCGCUCGAAUCACCGUUUUAAAUUUUUCAGAUAGUCCAGACACAAAAACGGAACUUUACUGUAGAUCUCACGUUUUUUACUUGAAUGUUUAUUUUAUGGUUUAACAAAGGUAUAACGGAAGUAGAUCAUCAAGCCGAAUGAAUACUCCUCGCCUUGGUGGACUGGGGAGAGUGGACGAUGGACAACUCGAACAGCUACUGGGUAAGCUCAACUUCAUCUUCACGUAUUUAUUGACAUCUGGGUAAGCUCAAUUUCUGCACCUAUUAGUUCGUAAUGUAUUGGAUUUUUAACAUUUUUACAUAUUAAUGUUCAACUAUUCUUAGAUGAGAAUCGAAGGUUAAAAAGUGAAAAUCAAAGUCUGAAGAAGGAUUUACUUUGUGCAAUAGAUGGACAACGCAAAGGCAACACCUCAAAGGAUCGGAACGGUAAACAGUGUAACCCCGUACAGACAGCUAAGUUUUCCUUGACAAGUUUACUUUCCCUUAUGUAUGGUCAACAAGUUUUCCUUGACAAGUUUACUUUCCUUUAUGUAUGGUUAACAAGUUUUCCUUGACAAGUUUACUUUCCCAUGUAUGGUCAACAAGUUUUUCUUGACAAGUUUACUUUCCCUUAUGUACGGUCAACAAGUUUUCCUUAAAAAUGUUACUUUCCCUUAUGUAUGGUCAACAAGUUUUCCUUGACAAGUUUGUUUUCCUUUAUGUAUGGUCAACAAGUUUCCCUUGACAAGUUUACUUUCCCUUAUGUAUGGUCAACAAGUUUUCCUUGACAAGUUUACUUUCCCUUAUGUACGGUCAACAAGUUUUCCUUGGCAAGUUUACUUUCUCUUAUGUACGGUCAACAAGUUUUCCUCGACAAGUUAGCUUAACUCAAGCUAUUAUUUAAAUUUAAAGCAGCAUUUUCCCCUCUGCAUUUAAUGCGCUUGCACGUUUUAUUUGAUAUGUUGAUUCGAGUUUAUUUAGGGAUCAUAAGUUUCACCAUUUUCACAAGUACACAGAGAGCACAUGGGUUUCGGUGGCGAAGCGGUUAGCGCACUUGCCUUUCACCUCUAAGGCCGCAGGUUCAAAUUUCAGUGAGAACUUCUCAAUGUGACUCGAACCCAGUCCUCAUGUGAAAAGAGUAAAAGUCGACGCUCUGCCGAAAGUCGUGGGUUUUCUCCGGGUACUCCGUAUUUCCUCCCACAGGGAAAGUUGACAUGAGUGGGUUAGGCACAUAGGUUUCCAGAGGACCACGGAGUCAUCAGUAUUCGUACUGUCAAGUGUCAUCCUCUAUAAAUAGAGUCUCUCUCUCCUCUAUAAAUAAAGUCUCUCUCUGUGUUCGACUGCCCCUCACACAUCAUACUUUUAAAUGUUGAGCCUCACGAAUGAUCAUAGUGGAUCUAUAUCAUUGACAUUUUACAAGGCGUACGUUGAUCUGAAGAUGAUUUAGAUUCAAAGUAAAAAAUUUACUCUGGUCUUAAAUGUGCUUUAUGAAUCAAAACAGGUUCUCAAACACUUAAUAGUCGGAAUUGCAUUCGUCCUAUUAUUGCUGAUAAAUCAGUUGCUAAAGGUUUAUCCCCUUAAUAAAUUUACAGUUGGUUUAAUGUAAUGAAGUAUUACUUUUCCUUCAGUUGACUAUGCUGAUAUGAAUCGUCUGCAAAUGUUACAGAAAAUCGGUGAACUUGAACAAGUACGUAUUGAGUGAAAGGAAAUAUUGUAAGGGGGAUUUGUUAUUGUAUGGUUUUGUUACUGAGUAAUUUAUUUUAAGAUUUUUUAAAUAAUACAGAUUUAUUCUCUAUUUCUCUUUCACCAAAAAUUUAUUCUGAAAUCUGUAGUUACUGGAGGAUGGCAAAGGCAAACAGAAGAAUGAACCAAAGGAAUCCAAAAAACAUUCUCUUGGUAGGAAACGUAUUUGUGCAUGCGCACCGUAGGACGUUGCAGCCUUUGCGAUGUUUUAGCCACUGAUAAUGGACGCUUGAUGCUCUUUUAUUUCCGUCCAGGUGACGAUCACGAAACAGAAGUUCGUAAACAGCGGGAAGUUAUUGAAAAUCUCAAGCAGGACAGAGCACAUUACCGCGAAGAAGUCGAAAAACUUAGGUUGGUUUUAUAUUGGCAAUUUUUAUAG